AGAUUUUAAUUGCCGAAAGCUCAUUGUAAAGAUGUCCGUCAAGACUGCGCAGGCUGUUGGUCAACCAGGGCUUCCUAUAACUGAAAGUGAUUCGGUUGUAGUCGAAGAGAAGGUAGCGCCCUCGAAGUGGGACAAGGUCCCAGGAGGAAGCGUUAUCAGGAAGUUCCUCGACUGGCAAAGGAAGAGUUGGCCUGGUAUCAACAUCCCCAUAUUACUCUUGUUGAUUAUCAUCGUCUUGGCUCUGUGGUGGGUUCACCCAAAUGACCUGAGUCCACAUACAUGGCAAGUGUUCGUCACCUUCUUGGUCACUAUUAUUGGCGCUGUUACGGAGCCUAUUCCCAUGUCUGGUAUUUGCUUGGUGUCAUUGGGUUUCUGUACAUUAACUAAUAUCUUGACGACUGCGCAGAUUCUAUCCGGUUUUGGUAACGAUACCGUAUGGCUAAUUGUCUUUGCAUGCUUCAUUGCAAGCGGUUUCGUUACUACCGGCUUAGGCAAGCGGUUAUGUUUUAUUAUUUUAAAGUAUAUCGGCUCUACCACUCUUGGACUUGCUUAUGCUUUCUGUAUCUGCGAGUUCAUAUUGGCCACGGCAAUUCCUUCCUCCACUGCUAGAGGUGCGGGUAUUUUGCUACCAAUUUUGGAGCCUUUGCUGAAGGAAGGCUUCCAAUCCGACCCGGCUCUAGGUACUGAGAAGUCCAUCGGCACGUACAUGAUCAUGGUUGAGAUUGUUGCAAAUACAACCUCAUCUGUAUGCUGGUUGACUGGUGGUGCUUGGAAUGCUAUGAUGGCUAACUUCAUGGAAGCUGUCGGUGUGAAGAUUAAUUGGGGGCAGUGGGCGUAUAGCAUGGCACCUGUUGGUCUCUUGCCAUUGAUCUAUGCACCUAUUAUCCUGUUCUUCCUCUUCCCUCCUCAAAUCAAGAAGACUCCUCAGGCUAAAACGUUGGCUAAUGAUAAGUUGGCAGAGAUGGGAGGCGUCAGUGUUUUCGAGUGUGUCAUGCUUGGUGUGUUUGCAUUGAUCAUUAUCCUCUGGAUCGUUUCUUCCUCGGUUGACUUUGUACCUUAUACGACUACCGGUGUGGCUAUGCUCGGUCUGAGUGUCUUGCUAAUGACUGGCAUUCUUGAUGUGAAGAGAGAUAUUGUGAAUAACAGUGGAGCUUGGGAUUUGUUCCUUUGGUUCGGUGUGUUGCUGAUGUUGGCUACUGAGUUGAAGGAAACUGGCUUCUUUGAGUGGUUUGCCGAAAAGAUCGACUUGUCAAGUGUGGCGGCUUACGGCAGUGUAUGGAUUUGCACGGCUAUUUUCUAUGUGUCCCAGUAUCUGUUUGCAAGUAUUACUGCACAUGUCUCUGCCAUGUUCCCAGUGUUCCUGCAGAUCAUGCAGGCCGCUGGUGUUCCGAUGGAGCUUGGUUGCAGAGCGCUUGCGUAUACAACUCUAUCUGGGCAUUUAACUCACUACACCAGCUCUACCAAUCCACCUUUCUUCAACUUGGGAUACGUCCCGUUGAGGCUAUGGUGGUUCCAGGGUGUCAUCGUGAUGGUUGUGAAUCUGAUUGUUAUGAACACGGUGUGCUGGGGUUAUUGGUGGUUGCUUGGUUUCUGGUAAGCAGUUAGACAAGUUCGUUCAUCAAGGCGUUUGGUGAUGAAUUCGCCUAAGUAUUAUAAAGAAAUAUCUAUCUACUGCUAUCCAAUAACAAGCUAAUGCUAUUCGGCUGUAUAAGCUCUUCUGUUAUUAAUGUUUGAUGGCUACCUAUACUGUAAAUCUUCAUCGUUUAUCUCCUGUUAAAACUCUUCAAUCGGUGAUGUUACCGAUUCGAAGCAAUUGUUGUCUGUUACGUACGAUAGACCGAUCUCAUUGUCGCUCAUGCGCAAGUACUAUGUAAAGAUCGUGAUCUUCCCAAAAUAUUAAACGUCAUUGUUCGUAGUCGUUAGAAAUGCGACUAUGUUAUCGUUCCUGCCUUUCAUAGAUUGAUGAUAAGACACUUUCAA